CGCGCCGUCCACUUCCGGCGUGCCCCGCGCCGCCAUGGCCGACUUCUUGGAUGGGAUCGUGAUGGCCGAGCAGAGGUUCCAUGGGGAGGGGUACCAGGAGGGGCUUGCAGAGGGCAGCCAUUCCGGGAUGGCUGAGGGCAGGAUGUGCGGAGCAUUCCAUGGAGCCAGGAUCGGCUCAGAGAUUGGUUGCUAUCUUGGAUUUGCACUGACAUGGCACUGUCUGCUCCAGAAAUGCACAGAUGAAAAAAACAGCAAAAAGAUAAAGGCUCUGGAUUCAUUAAUAGGGAUGAUUCAGAAAUUCCCAUAUGAAGACCCCACUUACGAUAAGCUGCAAGAAGAUCUGGAAAGAAUCAGAGGAAAAUUUAAACAGGAAUGCAUUUGAUCCGUGGCAGUGAACACCUUGGAGGCAAAUCAGGAACAAAGGAAGCAAGUGGCACAAGUCAAGGUCCAAUUUUGUGAGGGAGAAAGGGAAACUCCACAACCUGAGAUACAUUCCUUCAGCUUUUAUCAGAAUACAACUUCCUCUGGGUUGGAAAAAUAUAAACCAUCUGUCAAACCCCUGAAUGAAAUCAAAGGAAUGGACAGCUUAGAGGGCUCAGUGGAACAGUUUAAGUAUUAAAUCAUGCAUCUCCUUUAUUAUGAUAAAAUAACUUUUGUGUAAAUGUUUUACCAGUGGAACUAAAGCCUUCAGGACUCUGUGGAAGUCCUGAGUCUGAAUCUGUUUAUUCAGACACCUCUGACACUGUGGUCCUGACCAAUACCCACCUUCAAAGGGGCACUUUGCCCAGCAUCCUGCGAACCUCCAAAAUUAAACUGAUAAAUGAAAUUCUAGCCAAGCUUUGAGGAUGCACUGCCAGCAAAAAGGCAAACUCAAGGUACAGUCAUCUUGUUUAUGUUAAAAUAAACAUAUGAAAAUAAAUUUGGUUUGCCCCCUUUUCCUAAGCUGCCUGUUUCUGAGUGGAUAUAAACACACCCACCAUUCCAGCAAGCUGCUGUCAUUCCCCCCCCCAAAAAAUGCAGCAAUCCAGACUGCUUAUUGGCACUGUACUCAUUCCAAAGCCAGUCCUGAACUGAAAUACUGACACAAAGCUGCAGGUGGACUUGGGAAACAGGGGAUUCCCAGCAUGGAUCCCACCAGGAUGAGGUUGCUCAGAGGGGUAGGGUGGCAGUGCCUUCCUGACACUGUUUAUGGAGCUCCACAAAUGAGACAUGACCAAAAUGUGUCACUUUAAUGAGCCCAUCCUGACUGGUUCACGUUUGGGAUUAAUAUUUGUGUUCUUCUUUUAAAUGGAGCAGUAAACAAGAACAUGAAUUCAUAGUCACACCCUCAUUCUUUCCAAGGUGGAAAAGUGAUAAUGAAGUUUAAAUGACCAGUUUGUGUCUGUCCCUAUAACCACUCCAGACAAGCAGCAUGGACUGCCUUUUUGUUGCAACUCAACAAGGAAUUAUUUGUGGCAGAGGCCACUAAUUUCAGCAUAUUAAUCAGGGGGCCCCUCUCGCCUGUAAUUGGAUGCCCCGAAGUGAAGAGUGUGGCAUCAUUGUCAGCCUCCAUCGCCUCAUCUUGCGCUAUUGAGCGCUCAGGAACAAGGGGGCUUCGGUGAGAUGAAUUAGACCUGACACAGCCACAAUGGGGUAGGGGGCCCCAUCAAUUGAAGCACACAUCCCCAGUAGCCUAUCUGAGACUUCAUCCAAAAAGAAUAAACAACUUCAGCGUUGUUAAAAAGAGAGAGAGGGAGAGAGAGAGGAGGGGGAGGAGAGAGAAGAAUGCCAGCCACCCUGAAGGGAGGACAAAGCAGGCAUAUAGGCGCUGCAGCGCUUUAAAAAAAAUUCCUAACAAGGCGAGUCACCCCUUUUCCUUUUUAAAUGGAGCAGCAAUUCCAUCCGUCUGGAGAGCUGGGGGCUAUGAAUGAAAAU